UUGAAGUCUCAUACAUUAAAUGAAAAACAGAAGGAAGUAUUUAAAGAACUUCUAGAUGAGGAAUUCAAUAAAGUGAAUAUCAUAGGUUUUAAUUCGGGAAAGUUUGAUUUAAAUUUAAUUCUUCGUGAUUUAAACACUGCAAAAUGGAAAAUAAAAUCAAUGCUGGGUUCAUCUUCACAAUUUAAGCAAAUCAUUGUAAAGAAAACAAACGUUCCAUAUGAAUUGAGAUUUAUUGACAUCAGAAAUUAUAUAGCGGGUGGGACAUUAGACCAAUUCACUCGAGAUUUCGGAAACAAUAAAUCACGUGUUAAAUCCUUUUUCCCUUAUCAAUUCAUCACGUGGGAAAAUUACGAAGAAGAAUUAUAUAAAGAGGAACCAUUCACUCAAGAUUCAUUUUAUUCAGCAUUAACUCAAGAAACUAUAUCAGAUAGUGAUUAUCAAAUAUAUCUCAAUGAUGCUAAAAAUUUUAAGAAUAGAUUAGAAUAUUUUAUUCAUUAUUGCAAUAAAGAUGUUGAAAUUAUGAUUGACCCAAUUGAUAAAAUUAUCGAAGAAACAUUUGUUUAUAAAAUUGACAUGCUUCAUAAUCUUUCUUUAUCAUCGAAUGCAUCAAUGAUUCGUUACGCUUUAGCAUAUAAAGACUUUAAUCCUAAUGAAAAAUAUCCUGAGGAAGAGAUAGAAUCAAGUUUUGAAUUAACGAAAAAGUAUUGGAAAUAUAAAAUUGAAUCAUAUAAGAAACAAGAUGAAAAAGCAGAAAGAGAUACUAAAAAUAAUGUUUCAAUGGAUGAUUUUCAAUACUAUCACGAUUUAAUCCUUUCAUCUAAAUGUAAAAUGUGUGGUAAAGCGUUUACAUAUGCAAAUAAACCAACAUUAGAUAGAAUCGAUAAUGAAAAACCACAUACCAAAGAAAAUUGUCAGUUAAUGUGUUGUUAUUGCAAUGUCGUAAAAUCAAAUAAAGAUGAAGAUGUUCAACGUUUAAGAAUCAAUUUAAGAAAUUAUGCAUUAAAAAAUAAUUUACCAAUGACUUUAGAUUCAGUUGAAGCUUAUCACAUUCUCCGUAAUGGAAUUACUGGUGGUCUAUCAAAUGUUCAACAUCGUGUUAAUCUUAAAGGAAUCACGCACAUUAAUAAACUUUCAUAUAGUCCAGAAACUAAAACUGUAUCAAAUGAGGACACCACCAACAUCAUGACUCAUUUCGUUGGAGUUGAUUUUAAUUCAUUAUAUCCUUCAUCAUUUUCAUCUAAUCCUCAUGAUUUCAUUCAAUAUACUAACCAUAA